CUAAAAAUAGAGUUAUUUACAAUAAACCAGGUAUCGCAAAGCCACUGCGAUCGUACACGGUAAGUAUUAGGUUAUGGAGAAAAUUACCUGAGAUCAGAGCUGUGCGUUGUCUCUAGCUGAGUGCACCCGAACUCAUGCAUGGUGAGAAGUCACCUACCUGCUGGAAUGGGAAGUGCUUACCUGGAGAAACGAUGACUGAGAAAACUAUUUAUGAGCGUCCGGUUUCUUAGGAUAAAACAGACUUUCUCCACAUAUCGAAUGCAAUAAGCAUGGACACCUUUGUGACACUGGCAGAGGUGUUGGAGGCAAGGGGGGCACCUCUGGAGGAGGACGAAGUGUGGUCCCUCCUCCAAGUCGCCGUGGAGAUGUUACUGAACUCUUCCUGUAAAGGAAACAGCAUGUGUCAUAUCAUCAGUCCCGGGUCCCUCCUGCUGUCUGCCAGUGGCCUCCUCGCUUUUAAGAACUGCGGCCGAACGGAGGACGUCAGCUCUUUCAGUGCCCCUGAGAUGCUACAGGGGCGGGCGUUCACCGGCAGGCUUGUCACAGAGAAGAUUAUGGUAUAUUCCUUGGGAAUGACUCUUUACUGGUCAGUGGAUUAUCAGCUUCCUGAGAACCAGCCUGUGCACCUGAGUGACCAUCUGAACUGCCUCUUACUGAGCAUGUGCGAAGACGUGGCCCACAGACGUGCCAGUCUUCUCUCUGUACUGGAGACGUGUGAAGUUCAUCACAAAACAGCACUCCUGCCGCCUCCCUACAAAGUCAUCAAACAGCUGGUGGAGGAGUUCUUCCGGGACUCUGUGGACCAUGUGUCAGAGAGCAAAGCCCAUCUGACUGAUCGGAGCCAGAUGAUCAGAGAAAGAUUGCACGACUGGCCCAUUUCAUUUCCAGGAGGCUCACAUCAGCCAUCAGCUUGGGCACACAAAAUCAAGAGCUCGCCAUCCCACGUGUACCAGUCUGUCUCCAGCAGAAUUCCCCAGGAGAGACAUCACCGUGGCAGCGACUGCAGCUGGCACAGCCCAAGCCCGUUCACCUCUGGCCACUGUGACCCCCGAUCAUCUCGCCUCUCUGAUUCCACUGUCAGCCUCACCCAAAAAAGAUCAAAGGGACCUGAGUUCAUCAGAAGCCUGGAGCCCCAGAUUGUCUUGGAGCUGCCAGGAUCCAUUGUGUGUAAGAAAGGAAAGUCAUAUUCAACUCAAAGAGAGCUCAGUGUGGUCAUGCCAAACGGUCAGCGCAUCCUGGUCAAGUGUGAUGUUAAGUCCAAGAGUGGGGAUGUCUUUGACAUGGUCGUGGCUCAUGCAAACCUGGUCGAGCACUUCUACUUUGGCCUUGCUUUCAUCGACGAUGAUGAAUUUUUCUUUCUGGACCAUGACACAAAAAUCUCAAAAGUGGCCCCUGAUUGUUGGAAAAAACAGCCUUCUACGAAUUUCCUUCUUUUCCUCCGAGUUAAGUUUUUCGUGGAUGACAUCGAUUUAAUUUUGCACAGGCUCACCCGUCACCAGUACUAUCUUCAGCUGCGGAAGGACAUCCUGGAGGACAGGGUGCGCUGCGAUGAAGAGACAAGCUUGUUCCUUGCUGCUCUGGCCCUACAAGCUGAAUAUGGGGACUACAUCCCACAAGUGUAUGGGAAGAAUUACUUUCAACCAGAGCAGUAUGUGUCUCGGAGGUUGUUGGAGAAGAUGGCCUUGCCCUGUUUAAAAGAGGAGUUACCCAGACUCCAUGCCCAGUGUUUCCAGAUGCUGCCACAGGAAGCUGAGCUGGAAUUCCUGAAGGUUACCCAGCAGCUACCAGAGUACGGAGUUAUGUUUCACCGUGUUGCCCGGGAGAAAAAAGCUGCUAUGGGGGAGCUGAUCCUCGGAAUAUGUGCCAAAGGAAUCAUUGUGUACGAGGUCAAAAACAACUCCCGGAUCAGCAGUCUCAGACUGCAGUGGAGUGAGACGGACAGCAUUUCCUCUACACGCCGUAAAUUCAGUGUCCAGAACAGUGUCAGUCGGCGAAGACACACCUUUCUAAUGGAGAGCUCAAAAAUCUCCAAAUAUCUCCUCAAUCUCUGCUGCGCCCAGCACAAGUUUUACAAUGAAAUGAACUCACGACAGCUCAGCCACAGCUUAGCCUCAGAGGAGAGCAUUGUGCUAUACGCAACCAUGUGCAAGCCCCCGCGUGGCCAGGAGAAGGCGCUGUCGUACUCAGAGGUCAUGCUCAAUGGCGGCGGCCCACACCUUUUGGGCACCCCGCCCAGUGACUCCAUGAGCAAGCACUGUGAUGACCUGGCGGCCAGGAUGGAGGCACGCAUCAAACAGCAGAGAGAGGAGAGAGAGCAGAGAGAGGCGAGAGAGACUCGUUUGCAGCAGGAAGACAAGGACAAGCGUCCGGUCUGGAGAGCUCCAGAUCCAAGCCCCCGUAAAGAAUCCACCUCAUCAUUACAGAAGCGAGAUUCGGAGGUUCACUCUGUGGCUUCAACCUUCAGAGUAGAUACCCCAACAAGGUUUGCCAUGCCCGAGAGAGAAAUCGUCUGUGUUUCCCUGAAGAAGGAUCCUAAACUGGGACUUGGCAUUAUAAUCAUCGGAGAAGAAAACACGGAGAACUUGGAUCUGGGGAUAUUUAUCGCAUCCAUCGUCCCUGAUGGGCCGGCCGACAAAGAUGGUCGUAUAAAACCAGGUGGUCGGCUGAUUUCUCUCAACAAGACCAGUCUGGAGGGCGUGACCUUCAGCUCUGCGGCUGAGAUCAUACAGAGCUGCCCCGAUGACGUGGAGCUCAUCGUCUCCCAGCCCAGACGUACUCCUGCACAUAACCACGCAGGAGCCGUACUUGAACGAAACUACGACUCCCAGACUACGCUGACGGCUGAGUUCCGUCCCAGCGAGGAUGACCCUGACGAGGUCCUGACCGUGGUGAUGACCCCCAGAUCUAGCAGCCGUCUGCCUGUACCCGUGGUUCGAGUAAUGGAUGCACAGGAGUGCUACUCCAGGUCGUCAUCUUUUUCCAGCCUGAAAGAUGAUGAAGUGAUCUCACUGGAGCUGAGGAAGAUUGAUGGUACUUUAGGACUGAGCAUAACUGGGGGCAUCGACACCAAUGUGCGCGACGGUGGGGUCUACAUUAAAAGUCUUGUGCCAGGAGGAGCUGCUGAACAAAAUGGCCGCAUCCAGAUAGGUGACAGACUGCUGGCGGUGGACAGAGCCAGGAUGAAGGGAGUCACCCACCGGCAGGCUGUGGAGACGCUGAUGAGGACGGGAGAGGUGGUGAACCUGGUUCUGCAGCGGGAGCUGCUGGCUGAGCUGUGCUCCAGCCCCGACACGCAGAAUGCCCCGCCUACCCUGCAGGCCCUGCCCGCCCCUCGAAGCCCCCAGACCAUCCAUAUCAGGAAGAUCAGCUGCCCCGCCGUUCCCAUGACGACAUCCUUUUCCAUCAAGGCCAAGGACAACAGCUUCAUGUCGGCGGACAACACGGUGGACGUGAUGGUGAGAAAGAGCCUUAGCGGCCUGGGGUUCAGCUUCAUGAUCUCACCCCUGGACACCCUGGGGGAUUCUGGGACCCUUGUCCAGAUCAAGAGGCUUUUCCCGGGCCAGCCGGCAGAGGAGUCGGGGCUGAUCCAGGAAGGAGACAUCAUCUUAGCCGUCAAUGGCCAGCCCCUCAGGGACAUGUCCUAUCAGAAAGUUCUCCACCUUUUGAGGGGAGUCCAGUCUGACGUCAGGCUGACCCUGUGUCGCCCUGCUGUGGGCAACCAUAUCAGGAGCCCUGCUUCCCUGGUGAGGGAAACCAGGUCAAUGUCGCUCGACGUGCGGCCAAACUAUGUCAUUCCGCGCGGGAGCACAGGCUUCUCCGUGAAACGGGCCCAAGACACAGCUCCGAGAUGAGCGCUGACCUCCCCUGCCCCCCUCCCCAAAAAAAAGAGGAAGAGGAACACAAACAAGAGCCCCAAGAGCCUCAGGAGGAGGCAGACAGUGGUGAUGGUGGAGCGACCAUGGGGAACUAAGAGCUAAGACCUGGACGCAGUCUGAAAGUUGAUAUGGGCAUCAGCAAAGCCUCAUGGGUAAAUGAGGAGUCAUUCUCUGCUGGUGGGGACUGCCAGAUGAUGGGCUUCAACUUAGAAAACCAACAUCACCCCAGGGCCUCUUCCAGCAGUGACAGAGACACGAAGAGGAGGAUGAGAUGAAGGUGGGAGGAGGAAAAUAAUUUCUGAAAGAUGCCAGGCCAUGUGCAUUUGAUCACCAUAUAAAAGGGAUAGAACGGCAGCUGGAUCAGCGGAGAGAGAUGGGACAGCAGCAGGAUGGAGGUGUGGUUGGAUGAGCUUUACAGCUGAAGACCAGUCCAGACGCAGCAGACAGCAUGCCAACGCAGGAAGUGAGAUUGGGUGAGGAUGAGUGCCUCUGCUUAGUCCCCCAUACAGAAGAGCUCAAAGCCCCUGUGAUCUCACCUCCAAAUCCAAAAUGGUACAGGUCCAUGCAACGAUUAUGCUGUUCUCGUGAUGUAGAAAGAGGGGCCCGGUUUCUUUUUGAGCCAUGCCUACAGUAUGUGGGUUCAUUUUAAAGCAUGAAGAAAUUUGUACGUUUGACCUUUGACCUUGUGGCCCUGCACUGUGAGGCCCCAAUGACCUCCUAUUGCACGGGCGGUGUCGACAGGGCCAGGGGCCCCAUCUGCACCAAUUUCAUCAAUGGAGAUGGGUGAAGGCAGUAAUAGUGAAGACAGUGGAGAGACUGCAGAGGCUAGGUACUCUCAGAAACAGCGGGACACAGACUCCAGGGAACCCUUAAGAUGAAUAGAAGUUUAUACUGAAUCAUUUGUUCCUUUCCUCGGCCCCUUCAACUGCAAGACAAAUAGAGUAUCAAUCAAAUUUUUAUUUAUAUAGCUCAUUUUAAAAAGGAUUUGUCACAAUAUGCUUCACAGUUUAUGCUGGCCUAAACCCCUACAGAGCAAGCCAGCGGCGAAAGUAGGCCACUGUAGAGCCUGAACCCCCACAAAGCAAGCCAGAAACAGCAGUAGGCCACUAUAGAGCCUGAACCCGCCAGAGCAAGCCAGCAGCGAAAGUAGGCCACUGUAGAGCCUGAACCCCCACAGGGCAAGCCAGAGACAGCAGUAGGCCACUAUAGAGCCUGAACCCGCCAGAGCAAGCCAGAGACAGCAGUAGGCCACUAUAGAGCCUGAACCCCCCCAGAGCAAGCCAGAGGUGAAAGUAGGCCACUGUAGAAUCUGAACCCCCACAGAGCAAGCCAGAGGCGACAGUAGGCCCCUGUAGAGCCUGAACCCCCUCAGAGCAAGCCAGAGGUGACAGUAGGCCACUAUAGAGCCAGAAAAUCUUCCACCCCAGAUAUUACCAGGUAUUUUCCAACGAAACUCAUAAUUUGUCAUUCAAAUAUCCUCUUCUUAGCUGUGGAUAUUGCUGCUUGCUUCACUCUAGUGAUUGUUCCAUCCUCCAUAAGUGUGAUGAAUGGGAAAUUGAGUGACAGAAAACUUCUGAUAUAGAAUGCUGUAUUAUUGGGACCUAAAUUCCAUCUCGUUAGGAACUGCUCCUUCUUUGUUAUAAAGGUUUCCUACACAACAUGGUAACCAGUGGCAACAGCAGAAAACUCUAAUUAAACAUGCUCGCAGGCACAAGUAAUUCUAUCCCUCUCAAGGAAGAGAGUGAAUUCAUAUUUAAGAGUGUGUUCAUAUAUAAGAUAAAAAUAUAUUAUAUGAUGAGGAGAACAGACCAUUUAACCCAUAGGUAUAUAAUUUGCCUACCAAACAUUAUUAAUGAAAGUUUUCAUUCUUAAAACUGGCUUUGCCUAUUGUAUGGUAUAAUUUUAUGUUUAUUGCCUGUUAUAUGCAAUGAUUUUAUGUUUAUCCAUAUGUCGUGUGUGACAUCUGAUUAUGUAAGAAUUUAAGGAUUAUGAGUGAUUGAUUCUGCAUGACAUUGCAUUUAUUUAGCAGAUUCUCUCAUCCUGAGCAACUUAAAAUAGAAUACUUACAAUGUAAGGGACAUAGGUACAUUCUGAUUUACAUAAACAAGAGUGCCAGACAGACCAGUGAAUGUGUAUGCAACAUCACUAAAGCAAUCAUGCAAAUGAAUUAUACCCUGGAUAUUUUGAACACACUACACUGAAAUAAGCAAUACAAGAAACAAGUUAACUUAGCCAAAUAAAUUCAUAAAAUUAAGCUGUAAAUUAUUAGCUGGUAAAACAAUUAUCUUUUUUCAUGGAAUGAACACCAGGCAUGAAAUUGUUCAGUGAUUCAGAACAUUCAAGAGCAUUUUCACAUCAACGUGUCUAGUUGAUGCUAUUACCAUAGUUAUAUUUUGAAAACUACAACUUUUCAGUUAUAACAUUAAUACUCUUUCUAUAACUUUUACUAAAAAUUGUUGAACAAAUUUCUGUGUAUCCUGUUUGUGACUGUCCAGUUUAUGUUUGUCAGUGAUUAGUAGUAUGCACUGAUUGCUUAUGAAUAACAAAAAAACAAAAUUGCCAUUAUUAUUAAAGGGACACUGGGAAAAAAAAA